AAGUGACGAGAGCGGAGCCGGAGGGGGGCAGUGCACUGGGCGAGGAAAACAGGACAGAGGUUGGGGCCCCGCGCCCGGCGGCGGCGCAGCUCCGUGAGGUCGCCACCCUCGGAGACAUGGCGUGCCUGCUGUUUCUGCUGCUUUGGGGGCUCCCUCAGAUUUGGGGAAGUGCUGAGGUCCCGCAAAGGCAUUUCCCCUUCCGCGGCCUCCAGAUCUGGUCUUUCGUGAACAGCAGCUGGAUGCGCACCGACGGCUUGGCGUGGCUGGGGGAGCUGCAGACCCACCGCUGGAGCAACGACUCGGACAACAUCGGCUUCCUGAGGCCCUGGUCUCGGGGCACGUUCAGCCCAGAGCAGUGGGAGUCUCUGCAGCACGAGUUGCGGGUUUACCGAAGCAGCGUCUUCAGGGACGUACAGGAAUUCGCCCAAAUGAUACACUUAGUCUACCCCAUGGAGAUACAGGUGGCUGCCGGCUGUGAGGUGCAACCUGGAAACGACCCACCGCACUUCCACGUAGCAUAUCAAGGAAGCCCUCUCCUGAGUUUCCAGGGAAACUCUUGGGUGCCAGCCCCAGAGGCUCCCUUUGGGAUAAAUGUGGUCAUUCAAGUGCUCAACCAGGACCGAGGGACCAAAGAAAUGCUACAGGAGCUUCUCAACAACACCUGCCCCCAGCUGGUCAGGGGCCUCCUUCAGGCAGGGAAGACAGACCUGGAGAAGCAAGUGAAGCCCCAGGCCUGGCUGUCCAGUGGCCCCAGUCCCGGGCCUGGCCGUCUGCUGCUGGUGUGCCAUGUCUCAGGAUUCUACCCCAAGCCCGUGUAUGUGAUGUGGAUGCGGGGGGAGCAGGAGCAGCCGGGCACUCAGCAAGGUGACGUCCUGCCCAAUGGUGAUGGGACCUGGUAUCUCCGAGUUACCCUGGAUGUAGCAGCUGGGGAGGCAGCCGACCUGUCUUGUCGAGUGAAACACAGCAGCCUAGGAAGCCAGGACAUCAUCCUCAACUGGGAAGGGAGCCAUACCUCUUUGGGCUUGAUCAUCUUGCCAGUCGUGCUGUUCCUGUUUCUGCUUAUUGGUGUUUUAGUCUUCCGGUUCAGGAGGCGCUGCUUCUAUCAGUACAUCCGGUGAGUCCCGCACAUCUGCCUCUCCAGAAUUCAGGACUCAAGUGCCUCCUAGGAUUUCAUGCUGAUUGCUCAGGAAUUGGGGCCGAAAGGAGAGUUGCCUUGAACAAGUAGCGAACUCUUGUAAGGCAGCUGUCUUCAUAUCCUUUUCACAUUUACCUAACAGAAUUUCAGAUCUUUGUCAUUAUAUUGUACUACAAUUUCGUAAGCCUGUCAUUCUGUAAAAACGAGUGUAACCGCAAAUUCCUUCUAGGGACAAGCAGAUAAGGGCAGAGGUGUGAGUGUGUGCAUGGUCUUUGAAAGCUGGAAUCUGUGACAGACGGGACCCACAUGAACUGUCUAAAGGAAGCAGUUGUGUCAGCUUGUUACCAAGUAGUCAGGCUCUGUUGUGGCUAUAACCUGCAUCUUUCAAGAAAACUAGAUGAGAUUUUUUGGGAAAAGUUUAUUUAUUUAUUCCACAAGAGAGAUACAGCAUCCCUGACAGGGUCCUGACACUGGGAACCACACUCAGAUUCUACCUGCCUGGAUCAUGGGCAUAUGUGUUCCCAGAAUCCUCAGAGAGGUCUCCAGGCUUGAACUAACAACUUUUCCACGUGGGUCUGUGCUAUAGUUUGGAUGUCCCUGUAAAAUACAUGCUUUGAGACUUGAUGGUAUGGAAAAGGUGUUCAACUUGAUCCAGUUAGGGUGUCAAAAUAAUGGGUCUUUUUGGAGGAGAUUCGUGACUGGGUGGUUGGGGUAGGGCCCUCAUGACUGAGACUGUUUCACCAUCUGCUACCAAAUGAGCACACAGCCGAUGCUGGAGGUGUGCACGUGGAGCUGCAGGCGCUCAGAAUUCAAGAGUGUGGAAACCUCGGAAGAGAUUUCAGAGAAUGCAUUGAAAAGCUGGGGAGUUCAGGCAGAGACCUGCUGCAGGUGCAGAGCCACCACAGAGAGCACGCACGAGGGCAAUGCCAGGCAAUGCCAGCUGUGGGGUACGGGCGGAGAGGACCUACCAGGAGGGUUAUGCCUAGCAGAGCUGCAGAGACGGGACUGCCCUCGAGAUCCCAGGACCGUGGAGCCUGGUGUGCAGCACCAGCAUGGAAGAACUGCAGAGAUGAGACUCCAGUUGGAGAAAGCCGGAAUGUGGACUGAGUCUAGCCAGGUGUGGGAGACAGAUUGAUGUUUUGGUGGCCAAACCCCUCUCCACGUGUCUAAGAUGUGGCACAUGGGGUUUCAGGAUGAAAUGCCGGCUCUUUUGGGUUUUGGACUUGCUUGAAGCCUGUUAUUCCUUUCUUCUGGUAGAAUGGAAAUGUCUACCCCCCACCUUUGUCCCAUCAUUGUAUUUGAGGAGCAUGCAAUUUGUAUUGCCUUCCCUGGCUCCCAACUGGAGGGAAUUUGCCUUGAGUCUCAGAUGAAAUUUCAAGUUGAGACUUUUGGGACCACUGGAAUGGUUUUGUGUCAUGACCUGUAUGGUCAAACAUGUUUUUUUGAGUGGGAGUGGUUGUGGAUUAGAAAUAAACAUAGAAAUAAAUACACACAGACAAGUAAAGAAAAGGAGGGACUGGAUGGAGGCAGCCCUGACCCCAAGCUGUUUCCAGUUUAUUCUUUUAUAGGGCAAAAAAGGGAGGAUGGGGAAAUGGAAUUCAGAGCCAUUUGUUUUCAGAUGUUAAUCAACUGAAGAUAUGAAACCUCUGACACCUUGCAGUCCUAUAUGAGAUUUCGCUUACCUUCUUGGGCUUCCUCUGGCUAACACAGAGUUUCCUUUAAGUGACACUGCAAGGUGCCGCUACGGAGGCUAAAGAGUUUUCUUCAUUAAAGCUUUCGCUAGCUUUGCAGCAUCAGCAAAAGAAUCAUGUUUCUGUAAGUGUUUAAAGGUCACUAUGGUGUUGCUCAAAUCCGGCUACUCCCUGUAGUUUUGUAUGGGAGAAGUCCAUGAGUUUAGGGGGGGAGAAAUGGAAUGUUAUAGUAUGGAGGUCCCCCCACCAAAAAAAUUUAUGUGUUGGGACUAGAUUACUUUAUAAAGGUGUUAACUGAAAAUUUGAUCCAAUUAUGGUGUCCAGAGGUGGGACUUUGGGGAGAUUAGUGGCUGGGCAGUGACAGCAGGGUGUCCUCAUUGAGUGGUGGUAGGUUUUUAAGGAAAGAAAAUGAGGCAGGUAGAGGCCAUUUGCUCUGUCUGCUCAAGAUUCAGUCUCUUGCCCUUUCAUGAUGCUUUUAGACUUUCUAGCCUCAGAAUUGUGAAUCAAUCAAUCUCUAUUUUAUUAUAAAUCUCCCAAUCAUAGUGAUUCUGUUCACUACACAAAAUGGACUUUGUCUCACAGAGCGUCAUGUGUGUGGGCCACUGUGCAGCCCCUGUAUCUGGAUUUUUAUGUGAACAUGCCUUAUUUUACAAUGUUAACUCAGGGUAUCACAAAAUACUGUGUGGGACAUUCCAAAUACACACCUGUUGGUUGAUAACA